AUGGAGCUAUCUCACAAACACCUGCGGAAAUUACUGCAAAGUUCAUGUGGACGCCUCCAAUGCCAGAUGCCAAAGUGCUCGUUGAUCAACCUGCUGAGGCCGAUGUCUAUUUGUCUCAAGAUGCGAUUUGAGUUCUUUCUGACCUUUUGUUGUGGACACAGAGGUCUCUUCAUAAGAAGCAUGGAAUGGGUGCAGAAGAAGCAGAGCGCAGAGCAGAGGAACAGCACUCCAUGGAAUUUGACUCGCGCCCUUGGCAAGGCUAGCCAAGCAUGGGACACAGAGAAUUGGAUUCACGCCCCAGAUGAUAGCUUGAUGGGGGAACUUCAGACUAUUCGAGCCAUUCGUGUGAAUGGGCAUUUUGCACGCUUGGAGAACAUACCAGAACAAUUUUUGAAAAUCUUGUGCGAGGGUCCAACUGAUGAUAUCGACAUACCUGUCCGCCGCAAGCUCACAAUUCAUGGUUUCGUACUUCCUACUCUGCAAGACAAAAAGUUUCGGGAACUGGACUGGGCAAAGGUGGGGGCAAAGUAUGGUGUCGCCAAUUACCUGAUGGCUUCCUAUUACCGCCAAGCGCUUGCAAAAAAGCGGCAGCUGACAGUGGAGAUAGACACAAACCCAGCUAGUUGCACAGAUUUUCUUUUGCGAGCGCUGCCCUACUUGCUUCUUGCAGACGUGGUGGCCAUCAGCAGGGCAGAGAACGGCCAGGCUCUUUCUGAUGUUUUGAGAGAAGAGCUCCCAAUUGAGGUUCAUUACACCUCUGCUUUAAUUCGCGUCUUGAAGCACUUGGGAUUUCGAACCAUAAGUAGUUUGGAGAGCCCAACUCAGGGGAAGGUUGACAUCUAUUGUACAAUGCAGGACGGUUCAGCUUUCACCAUUGAAGCGGUCAUGGCUGCUCGCGGAUGA